GCUACGUAUUAUCUGAACAUAAUCCAAACGAAGUGGUCCUUCCUGUCUGAUAGCUGCUCGACCCGCUCGCCGAUAACCAAUUGAGUCCUACUAUUAACAACAUUUGACAAUUUACAUACAGUAUCAUUCUACUAACUAUGGAACACUUUAUAACAUCGCCUUCCCGAUCAGCUUAUAUCAAUUAGUUUUAAAUACAAUACAAUAAUAAUAAUGUCAUGUUUUAUUGAUCCAAUUCUUCUGGUUGUUAUAACUUAGCAAAAAUUAAAUGUUUAAUCUACACGUAAUUCUUUCACAGCUCUAACAAGAAUACAUCAUUAAAAAUGUUGUUAAAGGUUUCAAAAGUUCCCUCUCAUGUCAGCACCCGUCUGCGCAUGUCCUAGUAUAUAUGUCAGGGCCGUGAGAUGACAUGAAGCACAAGGUCAUUUAUGUUUAGUGAUUAAACAAUAGUAUACGUUUCGGUAGCAGAGGAAGCACUCGUCACAACCGCUACCGUUAUGAACUUCGCCCCACCGAGAGCUGCCACAGCUCGCAGUGUCCAGUCUUUAGAUGAAUAUAGGGCUCCACGAGCACCUUUACGGCGACAGGUGUCUUUGGAUGAAGAGCGAAGAGAUGACUGCCAGGGCCACUGGAGAGGACCCUACCUGGAGGGAGCUGAGGAGGAGAAGGGGGUUCGGUUGUUCAGAGCGAUGCUGUUACAACAUCUCAGACUUGAGGAUCUGAGACCACCUCCUUGUAUGGUCACAGCUGCCAACCCUGAUGAUAGGGGCUGGUGGAUGUACUGGAGAGACUGGCGCUCCCUUGAGCGUGCUGUCCUUAGGUUUAGGGAGACCAAGGCGAAGGCUCAGCUCGCGGCACGAGCUGAACACAUACCGCUGUUGAGUCUAGAUGAGGUCCAAUUUGAAGAUAUUAUGCAGGAACUCUGUCAGGCAUGCGUACACAUAGAACAACGAGCAUUAUUAGUGAUGGCGUUCCUCUGUGAGGUGGUGGGGCGAGCCGUGAGGGUAGGGGGCUGGUGUCGGGCCGCUGACUGGGCCGCCAAGCACGUCGCUCAGUGCGCCACCCCCUGGGCUGUUAAACAUGGUGGUUGGAGCGCGGUCGUAGAGCGUGCGGGAGGGCCUCGUCGUGAUGAUGCUCUACUUGCUGGUGCGGCCAUAGCUGCUCUACUUGCCUUUCUAUUGUUCUGUCGCUCACGAUUACGACAAGCUUUACUCUGAUAUCGUUCAGGGUAAGCUGAUUCAAUCGCCUUCAGCUUUCAGUAGAUUCUGAUGAUAAUCAGAAGGAAAUAUUGAGUUUGGAAGAUGUGGCUCGAACAGUUCGGAUUGUCGACUGCUCAGUGUGACAUUAAUUUAUUGCUGAAAAUGCAAAUUUGCCUGCAUUACGUAUGCGUCAUUUACAUCUCCUAAUUAGUCUUUCUCUAGUCAGGGUGAAUACAAAAAUGUUGCUAUUAGUUCAUGUGAUGUUAUCACCAUAAGAAAGUUUUGAACACAAAUAAGAGUUUACAGAAUUCUUGUAUGUGUUAGAUUAAAUGUGAUUUUAAUAAAUAUAAAGUAUAAUAUGAAUAAGAGUAUUUAUAGUAAAGUUGUUAGCAUUUUAGCUUUUUUUGAAUUAGACACAUAUUAAUGUCGUUACGGGAGGUCUUCGCGCACUAUUUAAUAAUAAAAAAAAUACCUAUAAAUUUUAUUAUAUACUAUGUUUUAUUUUUAUAUAUAUUUCAUUCUCCGUUUGUGUGAGAAAAAAUUAGUAUUUUCAUAUGAAUAGGAUACGUGUGUAGACUAAAACGACUUGGUAUAUAAAAUAAUUGAAUAAUUACUUAAACAGACAUCACGUGGAACUUGACAUGUAUGUAAAGGACCAGCUCAAUAUUUGCUUCAAAAAACAAAAAAAAAAUGGCUGCUAGUGAAGUUGCGCUUACAAUAUACCAUUAAAAAAUAUGUCCAAUAUGUAUUGUUUUUUUAAAAAAAGUUAUUCUAAUAAAGAUCACAUUAUCGAUCACUCAAAAUACUCCAAAAUAAGUCUAAUUCUGUCCAGAAAAAUACAAUAGAAUGUGAACAUAAUAUAGGUAUUAAUUUAUUAUGAGAAUAUAAUUUAAUGUUUGACUUUUUCGAUGUUUCAAAUUUAGUUUACCACAUGUUUUUGUGUAAUAAAUAUUAUGAUACAA